CGACCAGCAGCUAUCCAUCACUUGUUAGCUUUCCUAUUCCCAUAUUACUUUCUUGAACAAUCUUCAUGGAACAAACGAAACAUUGUCAUUCUCAACAACCAAAUCUGUAUUGCCAGCUGAAGCCAGAAGCCUCAGAUAUUAUACAGCCCAGAAAUAAUUCUUCCAGUUAUAAACCAAGCAUUUGGAAAUAUGAUUUUAUACAGUCUCUUGAUCCCAAAUAUGAGCAGGAAGAGGGAUAUAAACUCCGGGCUCAGACGUUGAAAGAGAAGGUGAAACGCUUGUUUGGUGAAUCCAUAGACGUUUUAGCAAAGCUAGAAUUCAUUGACAACAUCUGGAAACUCGGCCUCUCCACUUUUUUUGAGGAGGAAAUUCAUGAAGCUUUAGAUAACAGAGCUUCUAUUCAGAAUAACAACUCUUGUGUAGAAGAGGACCUUUAUACUACUGCUUUAUGCUUUAGGCUCCUCAGGCAGCAUGGCUAUGAAAUUUCAGAAGAUGUCUUUACUGGCUUCAUGGAUGAAAAGGGUUCAUUCUCAACGGCAAAAUGUAGAGAUGCUAAAGGAUUGAUCGAACUUUUUGAAGCCUCCCAUCUGGCUUUAGAAGGUGAAACCAUUUUGGACAAGGCUAAAGUGUUCUCAAUUGGAACCCUGAAAUAUAUCCAUUUUUCUACUAAUUUGGAUAGUGAACUUGCCGAGAAAAUAGCCCGUGCUUUGGAACUUCCAUUGCAUCGAAGAGUGCCGUGGUUUGAAGUCAGAAGGCACAUAAACGCUUAUGAGAAUAACAAACAAAUGAUGAACGCAAGUUUAUUAGAGUUGGCAAAACUUAACUUUAUUAGGGUUCAAGCCACUCUCCAAAAUGAUCUUAGGGAGGUUUCAAGGUGGUGGAGGAAUCUGGGCCUGAUUGAAAAUCUAAACUUCUCGAGGGAUCGACUGGUUGAAAGCUUCAUGUGCGCAGUGGGCCUUCUUUAUGACACUGAGUUCAGAUCUUUUAGAAAAUGGCUCACAAAAGUCGUUAUCUUCAUACUGGUGAUAGAUGAUAUCUAUGAUAUUUAUGGUUCAUUGCAAGAACUGCAAUACUUCACCAAUGCUGUUGAUAGAUGGGAUUCCAAGGAAAUUGAGCACCUGCCAGAGUGUAUGAAGAUGUCUUUUCAAGCACUGUAUGACACUACCAACGAAAUGGCUUAUGAAAUUCAGAAGGAGAAAGGCUGGAACGAUUCUGCCUUACCCCAUUUGAAGAAAGCGUGGGCUGAUUUUUGUAAAUCAUUAUUAGUAGAAGCAAAGUGGUGCAACGAAGGACAUACUCCAUCUCUACAGGAGUAUUUGAAUAAUGCAUGGAUUUCUUCAUCAGGCCCGCUGCUUUCUGUCCAUUCAUUUUUGUCAACAAUGAAAGAGACAAAGGAAAUGGUACAUUUUCUCAGGAAAAACCAGGAACUCCUGUACAAUUCAUCUCUAGUAAUUCGACUAUGCAAUGAUCUAGGCACUUCAACGGCUGAGCUAGAGAGAGGUGAUGUUGCUUCAUCCAUCCUGUGUUAUAUGAGAGAAUUGGAUGUAUCAGAGGAGAAAGCUCGGAGCCAUAUUAAAGAGAAGAUAAAUAAAUGUUGGAUAAAUAUUAAUGGACAUUGUUUCACCCAAUCAUCUUCGCUGAAACCAUUUGUGAAUAUUAUCACAAACUGUGCACGUGUGGCGCAUUGUCUUUACCAGAAUGGAGAUGGUUUUGGAGUUCAGGACCGUGAUACAAAGGAUCAAAUCCUCUCUUUACUCAUCAAACCUAUAUAAAAUUAUGAGUUCCAUGUUUAAGCAAGGGUUUCCAGGUUUCCAAUUAAUAUGUAUGAGAAUAUAAGUUAUGUUAGUCGAGUAUUCAUAAAAUAAUAAUGUGUAUGGUUGAA